GAGACAACAUACACACACACACACACACACAACACACGUAGACAUAUACACGUACACACAUUACUCCACUUCUUCCCUCUCCUCUUCCUCUCCACCAAUCUCUCUCUCUCCUUCCACCAGCCUCGUCUCAAUAUCGGCUCACGUCCGUUUUCGCUCGCCGGCUGGGAGGAAAAGAGAAAAAGAGUGAGAGUGAGAGAGAGAGAGAAACUGCAUAAAAAAGGGGAAGACAGAAAGAGAGAGAGAGAGAGAGAGAGAGAGAGAGAGAGAGGAGAGAGGGAGGUGAGUGAAUGUGUUGUGUGUAAGAGAGAGAGAGAGAGAGAGAGAGAGAGAAAAUGUGAUAGAGGGGGUGAAGGUUUUUUGCCGGUCGGUUGGAGAAAGAAAGAGAAAAGUGAGAGAGAGAGAGAGCGAGAGAGAGAGAAAGAGAAAGAAAGAAAGAAAGAGAUAAUUCUAUGAGAGUGUGAGAGAACGAAAAGAGAGAGAGGGAGAUAGGGAUAGAGAUAAAACUGAUCGACGACGAGAGAAUAUAAGAAAAGAAGAAGAGCCGAUAGAAAAUGUGGUGAGAAGGAAGAAGUGUGCUUCUGUGUAUGGUGCAGUGCGGGGUGUCGUGCUUCUUUUUCUUCUUCUUCUUCAUCUUCUUCUUUUUCUUCUUUCAUUGGAAAGAGAGAGAGAAAGAGAGAAAGAGAACGUCGCUGCCGUAUAGAAGAUAAGAGAAGAGAAAAGGAGAAAGGAAGAUAGAGGAUGGCGUGGUCGGAUUUAACAUGUGUCUAUUCGCCGUGACGUGGAAAGGAUCGUCUAGUACCAAUUACCGAGAUUCUCAUCCGUGCCCUAGUAUCCCUGCUGUCUCUCGAAAACCAGAAUUUCAACCCUUUGAUAUCGCAAGAUGCAAUCUUGGCUAGCGAACUGCAAACAUCCACUUCUAAUGCGUACGAGUUGAACCUUUAUAUUCGGCACUGAAACCGUCCGGCAUUCUAAAUUAAGGAAUGGAGGGAACGUGGCAGUGGGAGCAGCGAAAGCACUGCCAUAUCAUACUGCUUAAUCCUUCGUCGUACGUAAAGAAAAACCCGAGACAAGUUGCAGGUUACGGACACUCAACGCCAAAUACCAUAAGCGGUAAACUUUUCACGAUGUUCUAUGGAAUCGUUGGAAUCCCUUUAGGGCUCGUGAUGUUCCAGAGUAUAGGUGAACGCCUUAACAAGUUCUCAUCCGUUGUAAUACGGAAUGUGAAGAGUCUUCUCAAUUGUAAGGAUGUCCAGGCUUCAGAGAUAAAUUUAAUCUGCGUUGUUACGACCUUGUCGUGUCUGACCAUCGCCGGUGGUGCAGCAGCUUUCUCCAGAUACGAAGGGUGGUCUUAUUUCGAUUCCAUUUAUUAUUGCUUCAUCACUCUGACGACCAUAGGUUUUGGUGAUAUGGUAGCUCUUCAAAAGGACAAUGCUUUGGACAAUAAGCCAGAGUACGUAAUGUUUGCCUUGAUAUUCAUCCUAUUUGGAUUGGCCAUCGUUGCGGCCUCCCUUAAUUUAUUGGUCUUGAGAUUCGUCACGAUGAAUACCGAGGACGAAAGACGAGACGAGGCCGAAGCAUUGCAGGCAGUACAGGAAGCAGUACGUUUGGAAGGUGAUGUGAUAACAGCAAACGGCUCGAUAUUGUCGGAGCGAGUCGGUAAUCACGGUGAAACAGUUUCGUUGGACGACGAGGCAUCAGUAUGUAGCUGUCGCUGUAGCGGCUUUCAAAAGAAACGCCGGAGACAACGUUUUACGGUUCGUCGCUCACCCGGCAAGAUUUCUCAUCUAUUACCGAUGCAGCAAUUUUCACAACCGAAUCAACGAGCCGAAUUGAGACCACCCCAGUUGGCGUCAUUGUUACAAUUACAAAUGUUGCAUCAACAUCGUGCCAGUAUCUGACAACGUUCUCGUGCUUCUUCGUUAAAUUCCAUAGAACGUAAGCCAAGACGAGAGUCCGUCUGAUCGUACAUCAUAGAAUAGCGGAAAAAUUUCGAUGUUCGAUCAAGGACCAAGUCGACGGCCAAACUAAGUCGUGUUCAACAACGUGUCUCGUCUUGUUGUCAAUAAUUUCGAUGUAAUUUUUAAUAGACGGCACUGAUAUCAACAGUUUAACUUUCUUCGUGGAUAAAAACAGAAAAAAAAAAAGAAAAGAAAAGACAAAAACCAAACAAAAAGGAAACGAACUAUGCUGUCUACUGUGCACCAACAAGCACCUCGUUCGAACGUCAAAGAAACAACGUCGGUGGAGUAUGAAACAAAUUGCGUACAGCUUGGCUCUUCCUUUCAUUUUCUACUCGGACGAACAUUAUUAUAUACGUUAAUCCAUUGAUUUCAUUUUACAUCCGAUAAAGUUAAUUCGUAUCUCUUAUCUUAAAUUAUUAUACACGUACUUAUCUGUGUCCCUGAGUUAUCACAGUAAAAAUAUACCUAUACGUUUUGUUUAUUAGAUUGACAAUCGCCGUAUAAAAUAAUUGUAAUGGAGUGAAGUAGAGAAAAAAGAUAGAUAAAGAGAGAGAGAGAGAGAGAGAAAUAGAGAUUCAUUUGUCCGAGUUCCACUGAUCGUCGUGUAAGCCCAGACGUAUUAUAUGUAAUACAUGAUAGAUAGACGUUCCACGUGCGGAGCAAUUUUCUUGCCUUUCAUCGAGAAGUAAUAUCUAUUUGAAUAUUUUUUAAUGUCAAAGAAUAUAUCUUUAGUAUUUCAAAUUUCGACAUGGUAUAUGUAUGUACACGAGGUAUAAGUAGUAUCAAUGUUGAAGAGUGGUUAGUAGCGAGCCAGCCGAACGUUUCCACGCGUGUAUCGUGGCGACGAAAUUUAAAAGUUAGAAGAAAAAGAAAAGAAAGAGGAGAGAAAGAGAAAGAGAGAGAGAGAGGUGAGAGAGAGAGAGAGAGAGAGAAGAAAAGAAAAGAAAAGACAAAACCAAAGAAAAACAAAAAAAGCUUUAAUGAAGACGACCAACCUCCCCAAUAAACAAACAAAUAAACAAAUAACAAUCUCGGAUCGUUCGACGACUCGUUACAAUAACAAAAAAAAAAAAGAAAGAAAAAAAAUGAAAAAAAAAAUAAUAAAAAAAAUAAAAAAAAUAAUUAUUGAUAACGGUCUCCAGUAUGUUUCUAAUGAGAGCUCGUCAUAUUUGUAUAUGACGUGCAUCGUGCACCGAUUCGUGAUCGAUGAUAAAAUUCGAUGAGAAGCCAAACGAUUCGAUGCACCGAAUUGAUUGUUACUUCGUUCGAUCACAAAUUAAUAAUAAUAAUAAUAAUAAUAAUAAUAAUAAUAAUAAUAAUAAUAAUAAUAAUAAUAAUAAUAAUAAUAAUAAUAAUAUUAAUAAUAAUAAAACGAAAGGGUGAAAAGAGGUCAGCUAUAUUACACUUCAUACGUCUCUGUUAUUAUCGACUACAAAGUAAAAACCAAAAAAAAAAAAAUGAAAUAAAAAAAAAACUUAAAAAUCAAGAGAGUGACGUAUGAAUUCGAGAUUUGUAAUAUAUUAGAAUUUUAGUUAUACAUAUAUGAAACACAACGAUCUUACAAGAUCGGGAGUCAUUUUUAUGAAUACGAGAAGUACGAUAUAUACACAUGAGACUUAGUAGAAACUAAAAGAAAGAUGUAGAAAGAGAGAGAGAGAGAGAGAGAGAGAGAGAGAGAGAAAAUAAAUGAAUAAAAGAAAAAAGGGGGGGAGAGAGAGAUAGAACGAAUUUGAGAAGCGUCUAACCAAUUCCAUUUCUAAUUUAGCACAUUCAUUUUAAUUCUGAGCUCAUCAUUUGAGGCAUCACAUUUUUUCUUCCUUUAUGAACAAAAUAAAUAUCUUAAAAUUUUUGAAAUAAUUGUUACGUAGAAAGAAACCUUAAGCCCCGAUCCGUUACGACGUUAAAUGCCCGCCAAUCUUUUUGACAAAUAAUAUUUGUAUACAUUUCUCCGCUUGUUAUAAUCAUAGAGUAGAUAUUAUUUGAUCGGUGGAAAAAAGAUAAAAAGAAAGAGAUAGAAAUAGGGAGAGAGAGAAAGAAAGAGGAGGGGAGAGAGAGAAAGAGAGAGGAGGGGAAAGAGAGAAAGAGAGAAAUACACUCCCAACUGUUCAUAACUUAAAAAUAAAAAUCGAAUUAAAUUAAUGGCACGUGAAUAUUAAAUGGCGUUUUUAAAUCGAUAAAAUUUUGUAAUAAAUCAACCAAAAAUAUACGUAUUCGUUUUUUUUUUCUUUUUUUUUCUUAUUUUUUUUUUUUUAAUUCUUUGUAGACGGAGAUAUCACGGGAAUGUCAAGGUUCGUAAUAGAAUAUUCCGUGAAUAAUCUCUAAUCGUAGGACGAUAAUUUGGCCGAGAAAAUCCAGCGAUCUUGCAUAAUUCAUUUUUUUUAAACGUUGCUAAAUGAUAAUACGAUGCCAGGUGCAAAAAAAAAGGAAGAAGAAAAUAAUAAUAAUUAUAAUAAUAAUAUUAAUAAUAUUAAUAAUAUUAAUAAUAAUAAUAAUAAUAAUAAUAAUAAUAAUAAUAAUAAUAAUAAUAAUAAUAAUAAUAAUAAUAAUAAUAGAACGACCAUCGAAAAUUGUCUACCCCUGGAAUCCGUUUUCCCGGAAAUAUCUCUCUAUUAUUGGUAGCACCAAAUGCCUUCUUUUUAAAAACCAUUUAAGAUGAAUAUUAAUCGAUCGAUAAUGCACAAUAUUUUAAAAUAAGAUUCUGAAAUGCGUUUUAAAAUCCGAAUCCAGAGUAACAAUGAAAAAAAAAAAGAAGAAAAAAAAAGAAACAGAAAGAAAGAAAGAAAAAAAGAAAGAAAGAAAGAAAGGAAGGAAGGAAGGAAGGAAGGAAGGAAGAGCGAUUAACACACAGAAAAAUCGUUAUUUAACGCUAAUUAAGUCAAAACCUUAUCUCUUCGCUUAAUGUUUAAAUAGAAAGGCCGCGUAAUCGGCUUUAUACACAUAACGAAUUUCUUUAAAAACAAAAAUCUCGUUCAAUUUGUAAAUGAUGUGCCUGCUUAAAGUGUCAAAAGAGAUAGAAGAAGAAGAAGAAGAAGAAGAAGAAGAAGAAGAAGAAGAGGAAAAAAAAAAGAAAAAAGAGAAAAAGAAAAAGAAACCAAUGAAUGAUUAUUAAAUUGCUCCGAAAUGAUUAUAUUAUUAUUAGUACGGGCAAGUACAAAAAAGGACCCGUAGAUAGUAAGAAGGAGAAAAAUAAGAAAAGUAAUUUCACGGUUAUGCGAAUUUUAGAUUUAAUCAUCCGGUUUAAUCAUUAUUAUCGAGUCAUUAUGUUUCGAAUUAUAAUUCGAAACUAAUAGCUAACUCAAAACAAAGUAUAUCAAUCAAAAUCGAUAUCUUUCGUCGAUAUGAACUUCUUACAUACAUAAAUAAAUACGAACGAAUCUCGCAUGACAAAUUUAUUCGAAUUUUUUGCGCUACGUUAAUUAAAAAAAAAAAAA